AUGGACGAUCCCGAUCUAUCGUGGCCCGCCUGGAAGUUUGGCAUGAAGAGAGACGACCUUUUCACCACGCUCCACGAUCAGUACAACACCUUUACCUACACCCUCCAAGACCCCGAAGCCUUCCACCACGACGUCUACGAAAUCUCCAACCAUGCAGACACGGCCGAAGAGUUCCAUCGCUUCAUGGCGGCUCGGCAGCGGCAGCGGCUCUCCGAACUCCAGGAGUCUCUUGAAUCGCUCGCUGUAGAGAUCAUUGCCAACCCGAAGUUGAUAGGUUCUGACCAGUGGCAGCACGCCCUUCAGCUCUUCCGAACCAAGUCGUUCGACUCCAUCGUCAGAUAUUUUGCAAGCUACCUCCCCGACGACUACCUGGACCGCCAUGGACCCUGUUCCAUGUCAUCGUCCUUUUCCGAAACCGAUUCUAUUCGCACCACUAGCACAAAGGCCAGCAGUGCCUCCGAUGCUUCUUCCUUCCUCGACGACGAUUUCUUUCCUCAUGGCCCCAUGAUUACCGCCGAGCCGGGCGUUUUGAAGACCGCAGAUAUACCUCCAUCGCCCGAAUCCGAAGGGUCCCCAGCUGAAUCGGCUGACUCGCCGACAUUCACAUCCACAGAUCCACCUUCGCGAUCCAUGUCCUUUUCGGGCCCGGACUCUCAAAGACUUAGUUCUCGCUUUGUUCGACGACCUCACAUUCACGACGAUGACGAUACGUCUCAAUCCGACGAGUGCGACACGACAGUAACCUCUGUUUGUGAUUCGACAGAAACUCGAUCUUCUUUCGACCCUGCCGACGAGGUCGACGACAAAGAACUACCUGUACACAUUGUAGACGGCGAGGAGGAAGACGAGGACCUUCCCACCGCCCAGUUUCCUGAAGAUGAUUUCUGUUCUUUUGAUUCUUUCGAUACCCCAAAUCCCUUCAACACCACAACCUAUGAUACCCUUGAAUCCGACACCCCUACCCCCAGGCAGGCUACCGAAUCCACCUGCUACCUAGAUUAUAAAUCAGUGAUUUCUUCACGCAAAUCACCAACACCAUAUCAACGCUCCUCCUGCCGCCGUUCACCAUCACCAGUAUCGCUACUUGGUCGGCGCAGAGAAGGGAGCCCUACCCACGACAUUCGGAGGAGUCCGGAGGAGGCGCUUAGCAAAAUACAAAAGCCACCCUUGGGAGAGUCCAUACGGAGGAGGCCUAAGAACAAGAGAUGGGGGGCUUGA